GAUCUCUCUGUUCAAGCCGAAAGGCAUCUUCAAAGGGGCAUUGCCUCCCUCCCAACUUGGCUCAGUCGCUUUCUUGGGCAUCGCGGCCAAAAAUUACCACCUUCUCCCACGUACAUUCUGUGCAUUUGGGGCUUUAUAGGUGCGUUUGGUGGCGUUGGUAUUCUCUUCGCAGUAUUUGCGCAUACAGAAUAUUUCACCAGUCGAGCUGUUCCCCCCAUCGUCGCCUCAUAUGGCGCAUCGGCUAUACUGUGUUACGGUGCCAUUGAUGUACCUCUCGCCCAGCCUCGAAAUCUGGUCUUUGGGCACUUCUUCUCGGCUCUCAUCGGUGUCAUUGUGGCAACUAUAUUUGGAUUCGACCUGAAAGAUGACACUCCAGACAAGCUGCAAUGGCUCGGUGCGUCGUUGUCCACUGCAAUUGCUCUUGUCGUCAUGCACCUCACCAAAACCACGCACCCACCGGCCGGAGCAACGGCACUUCUUCCAUGUGUAGACGCCACGAUCUGGGCUCUGCGAUGGUAUUUCUUACCGGUUGUUUUGCUUUCUUCGAGCCUCGUACUCGUCAGCGCCUUAUUGGUCAACAACCUGCAACGACAAUACCCCAAGUUUUGGAUCGCCCCGAUCCCGCCC